CAAACAAUGUUCACAAACAUCGACUUCCGUGGCGUCGCGCGAGGACCGUGCUCCAUCAGUAAUUGCGAGUGCGACAGCUACGCGCGCUCCGAGUCCUCUAGUGUGAGCACUUCGCAAAAUGCGACGCUCCAGUGUGGAUGGUGCUGCUAUUGCGGACACCCGCCAGUCUCUCACAGCCGUAUUGCUGACAUAGACUGCCUUCAGUUGUUGCCUGCUUGCUUGGCUUUGGAAGCUGCUGAACCAUCGCCACCUCUGCAGUUGUCAGUUGAUGGGACAGAGAUUGCUGUGGAACAGCCUCUGUUGGAAGAUAUGCAAGUGAUGGAAGUUCAGAGCAUAAAAACAGAGCCGGAAGUGGCACCCAGAGAUAGCCCGCAACCACAGCAAGCAUCAAAAAGACAUGCCCAGCCUAUGUUUGCAGCAGUGCGCUUCUUGAAAGACAAGUCGGUUGCGGUGGUGCCACUGGAAUGGAUAGAGGGGAGCAAGUGCAUGUGGCCACACCUUCUGUCGCCUUCAGACAUCGCCGAGACUGCUCAGCGUGCCGAGACCCCCGAUUCAUCUUUCAUUCGCCGCAGCGCCCAGGUCCUCAGACUUACAUCUUCGUACAACAGGGCAUGUAGCUGGUUGGCAGAGGAAGGUGGAAAGAGGCUCGAGGCAUUGACUGACGAAGUUGUGUGCCAUAUCAAGUUCCCCAGCAUGUCUUCUUCAGCUGCCAGGAGUGAAGAGGGCAGGUUGAAGGACUGGCCACCUAAGCAGUCAAGCCCACAGAAAGCUGCCCACAGUGCCUCGUUGCUGGCCUCGAGGAAGGAAGCGUGCAGCCUGCAGCCUGUAGUUAGGCUUCACCGCCUGAGCAGCCACAACGGGUGCACCCAACUAACGGACUCUGCGGUCGAAAGAAACAACGCUUCUGACAAUUCCUGCGAAGUGGAUCUGCACAACCAUCGCAGCCUGCCUCUUUCAACUGUGUGCAAGUCGAGGAUUGUUGCGUGCAGUGAGGGUGAAAGUGAUCGGACGCCGGAAGGUGACCUUGCCGACACCAGUGCUGCCUUGAGCAAGGACGUGAGUCUGAGGCUGGAAGACAAUGACGACCAGGGUUCUCAGAAGUCGAUAUGGCACUUUGAGGCCUUGGAACAAGUGGAGUGUGAGGAAGCCGACGAAACGUUGAAUGGUUCCAGUGUUGAAGAACAAGGUUUGCACUUCUUAAUCCUUUGCUCGUUUGAUGUGCAUUCUGGGGGUUGUAAAUCCAAUUUCUGUUUUAAUAAGUGAAAGAAGGGUAACAGAUUAAGGUCCUAGUUUUUGUUGGACGCGACCAUAUGAAGCCAGCAGA